AUGAGUCGUGUCAGUGUCGCCGUGAUCGGUCCAACCGGUAUUACCAUGCUCAAGCAGCUGCUUCAAGACGGAUUCAACGCUACAUUAUUCGAAAGACGAAGUCAAGUUGGCGGGCUAUGGGCCUACGACGCAAAGCAUGGUUGGACGUCAGCUUUGGAGACCACUAGCGCAAACAUUAGCAAAUACACAUGCGGAUUUACGGAUUAUCCCAUACCAGACAAGUAUCCGGUCCAUCUGAGUACAUGGGACUUUCAAGAAUUUAUGCAAGGCUACGCCGAACACUUUGGCCUUUUGAAACACAUCACAUUUGAUACAAGCGUCAAGGUUGUUAAUCGUAACAAGGAGAACAGCGGAUGGGAUGUCCAAGUUGAGAAUGUUGAGAGUGGACAAACAGACACACACCAUUUCGACAAGGUUGCCUUUUGCCAUGGCUAUCAAACAAUGAGGAAGAUGCCGGUCUUUCCUGGACAGCAGGAAUAUGAAGGAGACAUUAUGCACGCCCAGCAAUAUCGAAGUCCUGAACUCUUCAAAGAUAAGACAGUGGUGAUCCUCGGUCUAGCCACCACAACAGACGAGAUCGCACCUCAAGUCGUAUCGGUAGCCAAAAAGGUUUACGUUUCCCACAGAAGCGGACAAAUAAUCGUCAAGCGUUUUCGAAAAGGAACACCGGCCGAUCUCUUAGUCUCAUGGAGACGCCGCGUGAUAAGUCAGUGGAUCGCAAGAAAGUUUCCAAAUGCGUGGAGAUUCUUGGCAAACAUGGUAGCCAAGCUAUUAUCAUCACAAAUGGCCGGCAUGAAGCUAGACCCAGCGUGGCGCCUCAAAGACUUUAAAGAUCUGACAUUGAGUCUGCCAGGACUCAUCGAGCAUAUUCUCCCACUUCUGAAAGAUGGAACCGUGACGAGUUUACACGGAAUCAAGCGGUUUGUAGGGGGGAAGUCAAUUGAGUUUGACGAUGGAACGGUACUUGACGACGUUGAUAGCGUCAUCUUCACUACUGGCUAUCAAAGCGACUUUUCACUGGCGCCAUUUGUCGAGAAGAGUAUCCCAAAGUCGCCAAACUACGGAGGUCCUGCUAUUCAUCGUCUGUACAUGAACGUCUUCCCACCAAAAUAUGCAGACAGUUGCGCUAUGCUCUGUUACUCAGCGUAUGGUAAAAACAAUGGCUUUUCUUUCAGCGAUGUCAUGAACAUGGCUAUUUCCAACAUAUGGCGUGGAGUAAGUGACCUACCUUCAAAGCAGGACAUGGAAGAAUGGGUCAACGAUCAUCACGAAUGGCUAGCUUCAAAUUGGGCACGAGAACCAACUGUAGAUCUAAGCAUGGUCAAACAGUAUGAAUUCCAGCCAUGGAUGCAUAAAAAAGCAGGGACUGGAAUGGAGAAUCUCGGCUGGGGACGAGCAGGUUGGAAGUUCUGGUGGGAGGAUCGAAAGAUGUACAAUUUGAUGAAUCACGGUGUUGAGACAGCGCAUAUGUUUCGGUAUUUCAACACGGGCAAGAGAAGUACAUGGGAUGGGGCGAGGGAUGAGAUUAUACGACAGAAUAGGAUCGUGAAGGAGUCAUUCGGAGGGAAACAUAACAAGUCGAGAAGCGAGUAG